ACUUUAUAAAUUGCCCAAGUAUUGGCACAGCAAGGGGGUGAACAGACGAUUGCUCCCAUAUCCCCGUGCGCAUCAGAAGGUCAAUCUCAUCUCAACGAGCAACAGGAUCCAACACAAAGACUAAAACCCAUUCCACGCACCUACGAUAUCACCUAACUUCCCCCCCACAUUAUUCCCCCGCUCGACAGGAGGGCCCUUACAUCACACACGGACCAGAUCACAUUCCAUUCUUGCCUGUCUGGUCGGGUCCGUCCUGGCUUGCCUGAGUGCCUAUCGUACCGUGCUAUACGUUGGUGGUCCACCCCCCUGGUUCACUUAAAUGGAUUCAAGCUACCUACAGCCUUCGGGGUCCCCGUCGACCGGUGCUUCAACGUCAACAACGCCCACUCCUACUGCUGGCACCACCACCGCCACCACCACCGUUGUUGCUAACAAGACAGUUAGUGGAGCCACUGGUACAGGUGUUAAACGCGCGCAUGCUUCGUCCAAUGCCAUCUCGAAUAAAUCUAGGUCUGCGGCGAAUUACCCGAGGAAGAGGGCUGUGAGCGCGUGUCUGGUUUGUCGGGGGAGGAAGACGAAAUGCGAUAACCAGCGGCCGCAAUGUGGAUUUUGUAAGCAGACGGGGGCGGAAUGUGUUUACGAGGCGGAAAAGUUGGCUACAUUCGACGCCGCCUCAUUGGCGAUUCUGGAUAAGCUCUCCAGGAUAGAAGCAAUGCUGGAUUCAGACCGGGGCUCAAGCAAUCAGCAGCACACGCCUACCAGUCACCCUUCCCCACACACCUCGGGUUCCACAACCAGCGGCGGCGCCGUGCAAAUACCUUCCCUACCACCGCUCACCGCACGCGGUAGCUCGCCGAAGAGCGUGGGGAGCAAACCGCCCCCAGAUGCCUCCGAGAUAUUCCCCGUCUCCGUCGCUACAGCCUCGGGAUCCCGUGUCGAGGACCUCCUCCAAUGGCCAAUAUUCAACGGACAAUUCUGCGUGGAGGAGAUCCUUGCACCAGUAUUUGCGGAUUCCCACGGUGAGGACGACGAGGACGAGGACGAGCGUGAGGGUUGGCAGGAGAGGAAAGGCAUGGAAAAGAGCGAGCCGUUGGACGGGUACCAGGCACACGGUGGAAACCGCAGGGGAACUGGAUUGUACGAUUAUGACGAAAAAUUGCUGAGGCUGCCACCGGGAGAGAUUGUGACGCUUGUGCAGAGAUUCCUCAGGAAUGUGCAUACUAAGAACCCGAUACUGGAUUCGGCUGUGCUGGACAGUUAUGUUUGUGAGAUUGAGAAGCAUGGGUUUGGGUGGUCGGGGAAGAGUUGUUUGGUCGUGAGUAUUUUCGCAUCUCUAGAUGCGAUGGGAAAGAGGGAGAGUGGCGCCGACUGA